AUGCCCGUCGCCACCGCGCAUUCCACGCAUUCCGCGCGCUCCGCGUACUCUGCGGCCGCGGCACUUUCGUCCGCUGCGUCCGUGUCUCGCGCCUCGACUCCCCUCUCGCGCGAAAGCGGCGUCCGCGCGCCGUCCUCCCCCUGCGCGCCGGUUCGGCACGGCGCCUCCCGCCGUCUCGUCGUUAGCGCCAACUCCUCUCGCCUCUCCCCUCGCCUCUCCCCUCGCCUCUCCCCUCGCCUCUCCCCUCGCCUCUCCCCUCGCCUCUCCCCUCACCGCUCCUCUCGCCUUUCCCCUCGCCUCACUUCUCGCCGUUUCUCAGCUUCAUGUCUUUUACCCUGGUCAUGGUCCCCUCCCAUCCUCUCCCCUCCCUCCCCUCCCCUCCCUCCUCCUCCAGGCGCCCUCACCGUCUCCUCCCUCUCCACCUUCCUUGCCUUCUACCGAGCCUCGCCCGUCGCCUCACUGCUCUACCUCCCGAUGCUCGUCUGGCUCGGCCUUAUCUCCGCAAUCACCUACUCCAUCUGGACCAAUCACAGCGUGCUCCUCGACAAGCUAGAGUGGGACGAUGUGCUGGCGACUGCUAAGAAGAUCUGGAGGGAUAUCCGGGGGCUGACUGGCAGCGGUGGCAGUGGCAGCAGUGGUAGUGCAAGCAGCGGCAGUGGUGGCGGGGGGAGUGGGUGGGGUGCAGGGGGGUGGGAUGGAGGGGAGGAGGGGGGGAGUGCGUUUGGGUGGUCUGCUGCUCCUAGCAACCAGAACAACCGCCGUGAUUGA